AUGUGUAACUUAUCAUCGAACGAUACAUGCGGCCAAGGCCACGCACGACACAGUAUCCGGCUCAGCCUUCAUUAUACCCGAUCUGAUUUGCCGUACUGCGCCGCAAUCAUUCUCACCACCGGAUGCCACAUACAUGGUACAGGCAACCACAGCUUGAGACUCUCCAACAUCCUUAGGUCCGGCCCGAAUGACUGCGCCGCAACUGUACAUCUGCAGCAAAGAUUGCAGUCGUAG